GUUACACGCUAUUCCGGCGCCGGAGUGCAUACCCGCGUCGCGCAGGAUAUCCACAGGGAAUGACGGAAGUGUGUUACUAGGCCGAGUGGCACGUGACAUUCUCUUUUCUCGGUGCGGUGCUACCCUUCGACGACGUCAUGCCCGGCGUCGGCGUUUUCCGGCGGCUGCGUCCAACGCGCGACGACAAUAUUGCGCGAUAAUUGCGCCUUUUUACGGCGAAGAAUGAAUUUUCCUCGUAAGACAGGGAUAAGUGUGUAAAUUUUGUGUGGGAGACGAGAUCGGUUUUAUCUUGGUUCUCGAUUCUCGCGAGCGUACAAUUCCGACGUUUCUCCAAUCGAGGAUUGAUCCACUCUGGCUGAUGGAGCGUUGUUGUCUACCGAGGGUGUGUGCAAGACAUAGGCGUAUUAGCGGUUGAAAAAUUGGAAGGAUCUGUUCUGCGAGUAACAUUUGAAGCAAUCAUGGAUAAACGGCGAUCUAUGGAUGGAGGAACGCAGGAGUAUCCGUUGCCUAUUCCGGUUCAGAUGUUCCUUUGGCGUCAUAUAAGGCCAUUUAUUCGAGCUAAACUAGGAAAACUUCACGAAGCAUCUUGCACGUUCUGUCAACACGCGCCAGGCCAUCAUGAAAUGAAGGAAGCGUGCACGUGCCUUGAAAGAGUUUUAGUGCAAGAUCUUCAUAAUGAUCUGACACCCUCGUUGAGCGAGAUAUUAAGAAGCGUGCCACGCUGGCGUUUGAUUCAAGCCGCUCUUCCUUACGUUCUCCAUGCUACGGCCAGUCUCUUACACAAUAGGAAAGAUUUUCAGACCCUCGGCACGAUGGAAACGACUCUUCUUUAUAUUCUUCACUGGAUACUCUUGGAUUCAGCUGAAGAGUGCGCCGAGAACGAGCCCGAUCAGUCAAAUCCUUUUUUCUACUUGUUUCCGAUACCCACCAUGACUCUCUUCGUUUAUCUAUUUGCACCUUUGUGCAAUCACUUAAAGGACAUUGACUUCAAGACGAAUUUACGAUUGGAGAAUGGCCUAAAAGUAUGGUCUGCCAUGUACGAAUGCCGACAUCCAGAGGCAACAUGUUUCACAGCGCAUUGUCGUGCUAAACCGCGCAUUUAUUGGAGUCAAUCUUUUAAAUCUGCCAAGCAUCACAUGUUGUCGGAUGAUGUUUUUGUUGGAGGAAAUGUUGAAAGUCCACCUAGCCAAUCAACUUCGGAUCAAAGUGCUCCGCCACCUUCGAAAGUAAUUGAAGAAGAUCAGGGUACUUGGCUGUCGUCACCAAAGGAUACGGUUUUCCCGGAAACGAUCCCCGAGGAAAGCUCUGGCGCGGAGGACGAGCACGUGGUAAUAUUUAGAUUACCAUCUUUGAGUGAAUCAGAGAGAAUGCUUGACGGGGUAAAAGAAGUUUCCACCAUAUUCGCAGGCGAGGCCAGCAUCUUUCACGUCGCGAUGGGCAGGACAACGAGCUCCUCGAGAUCUACGAUAGAACAGUUUACGAUAGAGCAAGUCACGGCAAUUUCUGGAUUGGACACGUGCAAACAGUAUCAUGAAAAAGCUACGAAAACCGGAGGUACGGACAAGGAGAAAGAGGAAAAAAUUUCUAAGACGGAGAAGGAAACGCAAGAAACUUCGAAAACACGCGGAAGUUUCUCGGUGCAACGUCAAUCGGCUGAAGCAACUACAACCGAGCACACCGCCAGUUCUACGAUCAUCGAUUCGGACGUUCGCGCGGCAACCUUUCUGGACGUGGCCACUUUGAGAUGCCUGUUCGUACCUCAAUGGCAGGAGGAAGGUGUUCAUUGGGCUCUUCAAUUUUUCUACUACCGGCUACGAAGAAUCAAUGAAGAAACCUCAGUGCAACAGAUGCCGCGUCGCCGGAGCAAUUCCUUGCCCAUACCGAAAAUCGAAGUCUCGAUUUAUCAGAGCCCCGAGAGUAAAAAGAAGGACGUAUCGAAGGACUUAAUAGAGGUGCCCGACCCGCGCGACACUUCUUUGGUAGCGACCCACGAAAGCGAAUCGCGACAUACCAGACGUGCCAGCGAGAAAACGAAGAAGCGCAUGAAGAUGGCCGAUCUCAAGGUCUUUGUGGAAACAAAACUUCUCUCGAAAUCGGAGAAGGCACUUGAGAAAAUUGGCCAGGAUGAACCCAAGAUGUUGUUCGAGCAGGAACGUCAUACAAGUCUUGAUACCGGAGAAGAUCAUUUGACCUCGAGACGAACCUCGGCCAGUUCAAAGAUUUUUGAGGCGAAGGACAUCGAUUACAUGAAGCAUCCUACAAAUCUAAUCAAAGGGAAGAGUAUGCCGAGUUUAAGCUGCUUGAUUAACGAGCUGACCGCGGGAGGGUACCUCGGCGAUACUCGCAUCGAGAGAAAACAGAGUCGGUUUUACAGUCAAUCCUACACCGCGCCGAACCCUAUUAUCACCGUCACGGAACACACGCCAACUCCAUCCCCCGAUUACAUGAAGCGUCAGGGAUCCAUCGACAGUCAAUUAGAUGUUAUCAGCGUCCAAGGCCCAGGUCGUUUGUGUUCCGAGAGAAAACCUAGUCUCACGAGAUCCCAGACGGACUCUAACAUCACUUACAUGAGCGACGAGGUGCCGGAAGCUCCGGGCUCCGCGUGUUACAUCACCAAGGAGGGUGAUGUUGAUCUUCAAGUCGUCUUGAAGGCGAUACACUUCGUUGCUUUGCGAGAUAACACCACUUGCACGCCGCGAGUCUGCGAGAUUAUGCUGAACUUGAUGGAACUCUUGAUGGACAUGGGGGUGAUGAAGCAUUGUCUUCGAGAGGAAGCCGUCGGCAGUAACGCAGGAUCCGGUACGGGGAUCGACAAUAAAUCGGAAACGGGGAAGAAACAGGAUUCGCCAACAGAAUUACAUCAGGAACAUAGAUACGAUUCGAGCGGCAAGGACAAGCCAACCGCUCACAAUCUUCUCAUGAAUUGCGUGAUCAGAGUGUUGAGGCAUCUAGGCUGCCCGCACGGUUGCUUGGACGGGGUGCGCGGACCUCAGGCUGAUAUCUGUCGCUCCCAGGGCCAGACUAUCCUGACAAAACUGCAUCGCGCGAGUUCCCGUCAAUUCUCGCGAUUCCUACGAACGAUGAUGCGAGAGCAACCGCUGACGGAGAUCUUGGACUUCUUUCACGCGUAUGUCGGAUACUGCGUCGAUCCGAGCUCAUUGUUGUCACCGCUUAAUCAGAAAAGAAUGUCGGGAAAAUCGCCCGACGUGGCCACCCAAAGUGGAUACGCGACGAACUUCGGCGCCGGCACGAUUGGUGCCGGAACCGGCGGAAGCGGAGUCGGUACCUCGAGCGGAAGCGGUGGCAACGUCAUCGGAACAGCGAGCGGCGUCGCGACGUCGUACAAUGCCGGUGGUUACGGGACGCGCGGUAUCGAGGGACAGAUCAUGACCUGCGUCUUCAAGGUCUUGGUCACGCGUCUCAUCGGUUCCACGAAGCAGUUGAAGGCGCAAGAGAACAUCAGCCUCUACUGCGACGUGCGACAAUUGAUGACAUACGUCAAGGAGGCGCACGGUGGCAUUUUCCGACGGGUUGCUUUAAGUGGAAUCCUAGACUCCGCGGAUCGACCGAAUAAACGAUGUAACAGCAACAUGCAGACAACACGUGUCAUAAGACAUAUGCAUCAAUCGGAUUUAGAGGAACACGCGGACAUUGGAGGAGAUACGUGUUUCACCGUUGACGACAGAGGCACGCGAAAAUUCCUUUUUAAGAAAAGGAGCACAUCAUCCACCUGCGCUGCGGGAUCGAACUUGCAGAGUCUGCUCGAGACAGAAUUGAGCGAGGACAACGUGAAGAUUAGUCAAAGCCCGUUGGGUAAUCUGCGCAAGAAACAUCACGUAUUGACACCCAGGCAGAGCGAACGCAAUUUAGGUAUCGGCGAGCCUUCUCUGGGACCGCGGAAAUCGACGCGAUUUCAAAUUGGCGGUAUCGUUAACUGGUUCCGGAAGGAGUACAGUCGGACCGAUUCUACCGAUAGCCAUGAAAGUAGCGAGUCGCCCACAGACGGCAGCUUUGUUAGGCAACCCAGCUUCCAUUACGGUCAUCAUCGCAGCGCGUCCCGGACUGGUCGCGGGGUUGGUAUAACUCUGCAAAAGGCGAAACGUCGGAUGGAAGAUCAGUUGAAUAAGAUCGGUUUUGGAAAGAGCAAAAAGAAAGAAAGCAUGGAAGAGACGCCCGGAAACUAUUUCAGUCGAAAGAAUUCCAUGGAGCUCGGCGAGGCUUGCAGAGAAUCCGAAUUUGUUGUACUGAAGGAGAGAAGAUUGGUACCUCGCACCGCGGUAUUUGAAGGAAUGUUACGAUUCUCCUUUCUCCUGGAGACCUGUCAGCCAGGCUCUGUUCCCGAUCCUCAUCUGAUGGCGUCGCUUCUGGACCUUCCAUACGCGCCGGUAGUAUCUCGCGCUUGCCUGAUCCUGGAAUGCGCACAUUUAGUGCAUCAGUGCAACAAAGGCCACUGGCCCGCAUGGAUGAAACACAAUUUUCCCAUGUUUCGACCGUCGGUGCCGAUAAACAGUCGGAACGCCUCCACUGCACUUAGACGCGUUCAUAUAUUACAACGCACCGCGGGAAAAUUAUUUUAUCAAUGGGCAGAGGCUAUAGGGGCACGUUUGGAAGAGUUCUUGACCGAGGAUAAGCAAAAUAUGGAGCAGGUAACCAGCAUAGUAUCCGAUGAAAGCAAACAGAGAGAGUUGAUUCUGGAAGAUGAGGAGGAAGAUUUUCUUGAUGACGCUAGCAUAAAUAAUUAUGGAUCCCAAUGUCCCUUCGCGUUACGUCUCGUCGCUUGCGUUCUGCUACUGGAAGUGACGGCGUUUCUGAGAGAGACUUACCAAACUCUACCGAAGUCGAGCAAACUGUUGACGAAGGAACGUCAUCCGCCUUGGGAAAGAAUGUACAGUCGAGAAGCAAAUCGACGAUGGAGCGUGGCUUUGUCAUCCAUGGGCCAUUCACAGGCAUCCGCGCAGAGUCUUCAAUCUAUAGCCGGCGAUCGCGAAGUUGUCGCGGAGCGCAAAAUCAGUUUUGUCCUCUACGAACCUGAUAAUGAGUCUGAGGGAAGCAGCAAAUCGAAUGUUACGAUUCAAGGUGAGGAAGCCCAGAAUAUCGAAAAGGAGAAAGCGAAGAGGAUGCAGGCAGUGCAUCCUCAAAGUAGACCAUUCCUCCUUCGUCGCAGUACUGCCAGCGCUGCAACUGGUUCGUUUAAGAAGAGAAGCCUUAAACUUCGUCGCAACACCAAAGAGGGCAAGGAUACAGAGUGCGAAGCAUAUACGGUAAAACGGGCAGAUUCGAUUCAAUCCAAAAGAAAAGUGAGCUCGCUCUCUGACAGAAGCGACACAUCCGAACCCGGUGCCGGCGGCGAGGUCAGUGGCGAUGAAUCGCCAGGCAUUCUCAGCGACGAUCAACCACCGGAGAGUCCGAGCGACAGCAACGAGACCGACGAAACCAAUAAGAAUUUCCCGUGGAUGAAGGUGCUCGUGCAAUUUGCCAAUUCCUUCAAUUUUUACUGCUCUCAUCAGAACUUUUGCCAUCCCUUCUGCCAUCGACGACAAAUGCGAGCUAGCAGCAGAUUAAUAAAAUCGGUGAAGAAGAUCUAUGGGGAGGAAUUUGGUAUACUGAACGGUACGGGUUUGUUGGACAUUGACACUGAUAAGAAGGACGACAAAAAGGACAAACGCAGCCGCAAAGUAUCUGACCAAACUAGCACGCAGGUGUCGCCUAUUCGAAGGAAAGACAGCGUGGGGCGCAAGUACAAGAUAGAAAAAAAUCUGGAUGGUUCUCAAUCCGGCCGAUCAACUCAAAGGGAUUCUUCGAAAGAUCUCGUAGAUCAGGAUUCUGAAAGAGGCAAGGAAUCCUUGAGAAGGGUCACAACAAAGUAUACUGUUGAGGAGGAGAAAGAUAAAGAGCCACCACCGGUCUUGAAAUACAUAAGGACUCAAGUGAAAGAUGCUUUUCACGCACCUUUGGCUACUUUAAUCAAAGGGGCGGUCGUCAUGACGGAAGAUUUGUUCGUGGAAGUGCUGCCUGUUGCGUGGGAGCUCUUAUUAGAAUCCAAUCAAGAAGUCGCCGCAUCAGCCGCGGCACUUUUUAUAGUAUCAGCCGUACGGGCACCAAACCAGGCGAGCGAUCUGAUGCACAAGGGUCUUCAACAUAACAACACUAGUGUGCGCAUCAACGCAAUUUUGCGAUUUCAAGUUCUGUGGAAAUUACGAUAUCAAGUAUGGCCGCGGAUGGAGGAGGCGGCUCACUUAACUUUCAAAGUACCUCCGCCAGGAAUAGAAUUCACUUUGCCGUCACCAAAAAUCGGAAUUGAAUCUUUACCGGUGGUCGAUCCGCCCUGGAUGCCCCAGGUCAAAACCAAAGUGGAGGAGGUCACUAUCAAUCAGGAACAUCAUAGAUCUUUGGUGACCGCGACGAAGACGCGGAAAAAACAACAGACCGAACUGAUCACGAAGGCUCUUCAGGCACAGGACGAUAAGAAGCGGGAAGAGAGAGAAAAUUUUCUAAUUACGACGAUACCGAUUACCGUACAAGCCGCUUACGAACCGAGCCCAGUGGGAGAUGAUCACGAUGAAGGUAAUGUAGGGGACGAAGACGCAGCUGAUACUGUUCCAAGGAAUACUCAAACCCAUCACGCCCAGUCAGCUCUCUCGUUGUUUCCGUCAUCACUGUGUUCAGCGAUUGUUCAAAUUAUUAAUCUCUUGGACGAUCCAGCAGUUUCUGACGAUGGAAACGCGGUAUACGAAGUGGCAUAUCAGGUAAUCUGGAGUUGUUUGGUGGAAGAUAGCGCUUUGUUUCUUCGAUACGUGCUGGAGCGUCUCACAAGAGAGAAGCAAGAGUUGAUGUUCAAGAUUUUGAGACAUCUUAUCAGAUUUGUGCCGAAAUUGCCGCAACAGGCUGCGUUCGCGCUGUACAAUUAUAUUAUUGGAUAUGUUAUGUUUUACGUGCGCACUCCGCACGAGGAGGGCCAAAAAUUAAUUGGAACCGCGUUGUCAAUCCUGUGGAUGGUGGUGCACAGUGUACACGGUAUUAUGUUUAAAGAUCUAAAACAAAUCCUGCGGAAGGAACAGUGCGAUGCGUCGAUCCUACUUACGGCGAAUGUUCCGUCAGCGAAAAAGAUCAUCGUUCACGGCCCACAGGAUCCUGACGCCGGAGAAAUACCGUCGCAGUUUCCGGUUGCGGAGGACACGCAAUUUUGUCAGAUACUUCGAGAGUCCUUGGACUUUUUCGGCGUCGAAGAAACAAAGCAUCACGAGUAUUUCCUCGUGGAUUACAAGACGCAUCAAAUACACAAUCCAUCAUCGUAUGUUAGAGACUAUUAUUUCUUUAAGAGAUCUCAAUUUCCACAAAUCGAACUCGUUCACAUGAAACCGGAGGAUGCGUUCAAUGCGUUGCAACGCCAGGAAUUGGUGCAUAAAUUCGUAGAAAUAGGAAAGGUGCUAUUGACCUGGGCGAUCCUGAAGAAUGUCGAUAUGGUAGUGCAAAGAGUUGUGUUUCUUCACGAAGAGCUCAUGAAGCUACCGUCGUUCCCGCGAAAAGCACUGGAAGCAGACUUGGAUCUCUACAAAGGUGGCGAAAUUGGAAGAGAGCUUCUUGGGCUGGAUGUGAUGCAUAAAUUUAUGUGGGUGAGGCUGAUCGCGCGCAUGUUCGAGGCCAUGGCCGGCAAUUUCGCGUAUUCCGGUGAUAUACAUCUCUUUUUGAACGUCCUGAAUGGCGCCGUGAUCAUUCACAGCGAGGAUUCCUGCAUUCUACGCUAUGUCAUUGCGACGUACAUAAACGCAGCGCAUAAUUUCAAAAAUAUCUUCUCGACAAACGGUUACUUGUUGAUCAUGCCGACCUUACUGCAACUAUACUCAACGCAUCAGACGAACAAGCUCGUGACGACCACCGUUGAAUAUGCCGUCAAGCAAUUUUAUCUCAUGAACCGUAAACCCUUCAUUCUACAGAUGUUUGGCAGUGUCUCUACUAUAUUAGAUACAGAUAUGAUAAGCGUCCAUGGCGAGGCUCAUAAGGUUCCAGCUACGUGCCUGUUUAACUUAUUAUUAAGUUUGGAAACUCCGUCGCCGGAUCCACUCAAUAUAGGAGAAUUAGUGAAAGAAGAGAAGCCUUUGAAAGCGAUAGACUUUUGUUAUCACGAUGAAAACGAAAUGGUCGACGUACUCGAUUGUAUAUCUCUCUGCGUGAUGGUAAUAGCUUACGCACCUGACUCGAUCAGAGGCCAACAAAUGCUGACAAUAUUAGAAGCGAUACUGCCGUGCUACGUUCAGCAAAUCCAACUACCCACGUACAAUAAAGAAGGCAAAACAGAGAAGGAGAUAAUAAAUCAGUUAGCGAUUGCAGUUAGGACAUUAGUCAACAAUUCCGAAGCAUUGACAAAAUAUUAUAACGGUCCGCAAAAAUCAAGUCCCGAACAUAAAGGCUCCAGUCAAAAGAAUUAUGGUAAAGGUCCGUAUUCACCGGGUUUCGAUUUCGAAGACGACACUCACACGAAGUACAUGGAACACUCGAAAGCUCGACAUUUUUACGAUCGAGACGAGGAUUUUCAUAAGAACGAGUUUAGAAGACCCCGCGACACCUUAUUAAAUAUGGUCGGAGAUUUUGUAGCUCGUUGUUCCGCUCGUUUGGCAGAGCUCAAUAAGAAGUCUCAGGAUGGAAAAACUAUCGAGUUGCUGGAUUCAAAAUGUCACGUGCGCCUAGCUGAUAUAGCUCAUAGUCUCCUGAAGAUUUCUCCAUACGAUCCGGUCACUAUGGCUUGCCGUGGUCUCAAACGAUACAUGAAUGACAUUCUUCCUUCAACCGAGUGGGCGGCCGACGAAAUGAGACCGGCGUUAACGCUGAUUCUCAGGAGAUUGGAUAAGACUUUCAGUAAGAUACACAAGAAACCAUCGAUCAGAAGGAAUACCGAUUGGGUCGCUGCCAGUGAUCUUUUGAGAGGGGUGUACGAAACUCUGUCGAAGAGUCCAUAUAUCGCGCACUUUCAAUAUUUAAAGACGUUGUUGUCUACUUGUCAGGCUUUAAUUGUCGGCGACAAUCUAUCUGAAGAUUUAACCUCGGCUUCCACAGCUGCUUUAAUGAGCAAACUACCCGUACCACUUCCGCCACCGCAGUUUUGCUCGACGGUGUUACGUCUGAUUGCUCUACACGUGAUAUCCUUCGGCGAGGGAUAUUCCCUGGAAAAUGUUCUCGGUGGUCAGAACAUGUUCGCUACUCAAACUCGCACGGAGAAUGCCCUACUGAACUUGUUGAUACCAUUGUUUCUGCGCGUUGGAACUGGGAGAAAAGACGUGCCGAAACUGAAGCAAUCGGACAUCUCAUUUGCUCUAACGACUGUGUUGAACGCACUUUGGCCGCCGGGUGCAAAACCGAUACCAUUGACGAUGCAAAGACCACCGACGGACACAAGGACCGGUAGUAUAACAUUCACCGCAAGAGAUCCGAAGGCUUUGACGAAAACAUCGUUAACAUUAUAUCAGGUCGCAUUUCUGGCGCUUAAAAUAAUGACGAUAUGUUUUGAAACCGAGCUGAGAACCGAAUGGCGGAUAAUUCUACGCGCGAUGCGUCUUUUGAACAAGCGCAACGAAGCUUCCACGUAUCUCUGGAAUUUCAUAGAAUUUAUUGUGACGCACCGGACAGCAUUGUACAUUCAAAUGCUUCCGUUCAUCGUUUAUAAAAUCGGACAAGCACCGAUAUCCGAGCACGAACGAAAUAUGCACACCAUCAUACGCGAGAAGAUCAACGGUAGCAGUACAACCGUGCCAAAAUCGCGGGGCGCGCUACUGAUGGAUCUUAUUCACGAGUUAAAGAACCUAAAGCAGGAAAUUGAGAAUCGAAGAUGCGAUGAGAUGCAACCGGAACCUAAGAGAAGCGUGGUGGAUAUGCAUUCGAUAACCGAAGGCCAACCGCGUACUCAGAGGCCGUCUCUGUUGAUGGAUCUUCUAACCGGCGAUUUGGGAUCGAGAGCUCACAUGAAUCGUACGCCCGCUGAGACACCAGUGUCUCAUUCCACAGCAGCUCAAUCGCAUUCAACUCAAUCCAACACGAGUAGCACUGUUAAGACAACGCAUCCCACUCAAGUAACAGCACCGCCGAACGGCACCCGCAUUGGUGGAUCCUUAUCGAGCACCAGCGCUGGAUCUGCCACUCUGCGUGAAGUGAGCGAGACAAUCGCCGGGGAAACCGGUGCCGAGCAGCCGCCGUCGACGACAGAUAGAUUCCAAUCAUCUUCUACUAGCGAUGAACGUAACCAUGUUAAGCUUCAUUCUAUCUUACCUCACCAAAAGGCGCCAAAGCUGCGCUUUGUCUCUUCCGUAGAGUUUAGAAACUCAUCAGGGGAGACGAUGACGGGCCAGCUAAGUCCAAGCAGUCCGACCGAAGACAGCUCCGGAGAAUUACGUACCGACAGGCCUCGCUUACAACGUUCUAUGGGCCAAAGCAAGAAGACCUUCCGCUUAAGAAAAAGUCGAAAGAGUCACAUUGAGACGACGCAGAUGAAGUUGGAACCGUUGGAUACGGCAAUCGCAGAGCAAUCAACGAGUCAACCGAAAGCGACGAUGCAGGUGUCAUCGACGGUGGAUCCGCUGUCAUCUAACAUCCCUUCCAAUUCUUCGUCUAUUCGUUCCAGGCGAAGUUUGUCUAUUCGCAAAUCGGACGGAGACAAAAACUCCAACGCGCCUGCGGACCAGCAGCAAUUCCAUGGUGCGGCGCAUCAGCACCACCAUUGUCACUACUUUCAUCACCAGCAUGUGCACCCUCAGGUGUCAGACGUAUCCUGGGAUGAAGACACGUCCAGUACUUCCGGAUAUCGUGAGUCGUACAGUAUGCAGAUCGUGUCAUUGGAUGGUGCCAAUGCUCGUUCGGGCCAGGCACCGCCCUUGGCAUCGCCGGAUCUAAAUGACAUGCCAUCCACGAGCAGCACGACCACCAAUUACAUAGCCUUCGACGGCAGUUCGCCGGAUUGCUCGAUUAAUGGCAGCGGAGGCGAGAAAACCGCUCUGUUGACUUCGAGCCAGAGAACGACUUCUCAACAUUCCUUGUUGAUGGUCUUUCCAAAUCAAGACGAAGAUACGUUAAUAUAAAUCGUAAAAUCCGUUGACACUUGAUUGAGACUGAUAAUUUAAUGUAAUUGACGUGAGAAGUAAGAAUUUUUAAAUAAUUGGCAAUUUAAAACGUUUAAAUAUCGGGAUUAUUAUAUGGAGGAUUAUGUAAUAUGUCUGAAUCUAUUUAUCUCUUAAAUCCUCCAUGACUAAUGAGACGUAUGUGUUCCAUCGUAAUUUGACACGAAAAAUGUUUUUAUACUAAUCAGAUUUAUUUUACUCUAUAGCAAACACUUUAAAUGUGAGGCAUAUAUAUCCCGAUAAUUAAGCUGCGUGGAACACAUACGUUCUGUUAAUUAUAGAAUUUUUGCGAAAUAGCUGGUAUAUAGUAUAUAUUUUGAAUAGUCUUUGAAAGAUCUUUUAAUAAAAAUCGUUAAGCAUGCAAAGAGAUCAAAUCGGAAAUGAUUCGUAAAAUCUAGCACGUUUGAUCACAUGCAUUUCGAUGCUUUUAAAGAGUUUAGAGGUAUUGUCCUAGGUAUUGUAGUAGGCCUAAUCGUUUAUAUGCUGUGAUUGUAUUAUACAGGCAUAUUUGAAAUAAAACACUCUAUAAAUAUA